GUGAACCACGAUAAAAAAGAGGUCAAAUGUCAUUGUGUCUUAAGUAAACCUACAUCACAAAUAAAUAACACCACUUACUAAAAAUAUUGUUCACUGUACGGCGUUAUUUUAAGUAUACAUGAAUUCUUUUGCGAAUUAAUAAAACAUAAUAUGUGGAGGUAUAUAUUUUUACUUGUAAUUGCAAUUUACAACGUUAAGGGACAAUGUCCGAGAAUACCAAGUAUAUACCAUUCAAGAUUUGAUAAAAAUCCGGGUGAUAAUGGAUACCAAAUAAAAAUUAGCGAAAAUCCUGAAAAAUAUGUACCUGGAAAACUUUAUACAUUGUACCUUAUGGGCUCUAAACCGUUACCAAAUUUGCAACAGUUUCAACGAUUUAUCAUUAAUGUACAAUCAACAGAACAUCCCGAUAAUAUCUCUCCUCAAAGUGUUGGAAGUUUUCAACUAUACGGAGACAAUUCCACCACAUUCAAUGAGGAAUGCGUAAAUACAAUUUCAGAAAGAAAUUCAGAUCCAAAAACAGAAGUUUUCUUUAUGUGGGCUGCUCCACCUUCUGGUUCCGGUUGUGUCACUUUCAGGGCAAUGGUCCUAGAAGAUUCGAAACAUUGGUACGCCGACGAUGGCAAUCUAAGCAAAACAUUUUGCGAACAGACAGAAAAGGACAUAACAUUUGAUGAAAAUGAUUGCUGUGCUUGUGAUGAAGCCAAAUACAACGUUAUCUUUGAGGGUCUGUGGUCCAAAGAAACCCACCCUAAAGACUUUCCAACGUCACUCUGGUUAACGCAUUUUUCUGACGUUAUUGGGGCAUCCCAUGAAAGAAAUUUUACAUUUUGGGGAGAAGGCCAAAUCGCUUCUGAAGGUUUUCGAAGUUUGGCCGAAUGGGGAUCAGUAAGAUUAAUGGAAAUAGAGCUAAGAGCUAAGGCGAAAUAUAUCAGAACUAUUAUCAAAGCUGCUGGUUUAUGGCAUCCAAAUGUAAAUACGAACACCAGCACAAAUUUUAAAGUUGAUAGAAAACAUCAUUUAGUAUCUUUGGCUUCCAUGUUUGGACCAUCCCCCGAUUGGGUAGUUGGUAUAAAUGGAUUAAAUUUAUGUUUAAAAAAUUGUACAUGGAUCGAGGAUAUGAUAAUUGACCUAUUCCCUUACGAUGCUGGAACUGACAGUGGUGUAACGUAUAUGUCUCCCAAUGCAGAGACCAACCCUAGAGAGCGCAUGUAUCGAAUAACAACCAAAUAUCCAGAAGAUCCCAGAGCACCAUUUUAUGACUCAAGAAAGAAUGAAAUGAACCCAAUGGCACGGUUGUAUAUAACGCGACAAAAAGUCAUUCCUAAACAAUGCGAUGAAAACUUUUUAACUGCUCAACUUGAUGUUAGCGAGAACACCGAAGAAGUAUCAAGGCGUAAGAUUAAUAAUUGUUUUUAUUCUAUAGUACUAUACAAAUCAAUUAUUAUAGCGGAAUGUGCCGUAACGGAAUAUUCAUCUUGGAGCGAAUGUUCAGUUACAUGCGGCAAAGGUUUAAGAAUGAGAACUAGGGAAUACAAGAUACCCCAAAAAGCAAAAAUGUUCGAGUGUAACAGACAGCUUAUUUCCAAAGAAAUGUGCGUUGCAACUAUACCUGAAUGUCCCGAAAAUGCAAAUAAUGGUGAUGAAUCUAAAGAACAAGACGUUCCUCUUGAAAGUUUAGAUGGAGGCGCUGAUGGAGUUUGUUCCACAAGUCCCUGGGGUGAAUGGUCUGCUUGUUCAGAAACAUGUGGCGUUGGUUUCAAAAUGCGAACUAGAUUCUUCCUUGACAAUAUGGGAAGAAAAAAAUGCCCACACAUUACCACAGUUGAGAAGGAAAAAUGCAUGGGACAACCUUGUGCCAAUGUUCAACCUGAAGAUCCGAUGUGUCCAACUACACCUUGGAGUGAUUGGAGUCCUUGCAGCGCCUCUUGCGGAAAGGGUGUGAAAUUCCGUACUAAACUAUUGCUCGUGGGCCCCGAAUUACAGGCCAAGUGUCAAGGUAGGGUUGAGAUGAUCCAGCAAGCGCCAUGUGUAGAUACCCCAGAUUGUACUUUUGAUAUGGCUACAGCAAAAGUGGUUUGUAUGCAGGAUUCAGAUCAAGGUCCCUGCCAAGGAUAUUACAACAGAUGGUAUUUUGACUCGAGAAAACUGAUGUGCGUUCCUUUUGUUUAUGGUGGAUGCAGAGGUAACAAAAACAAUUUUCUAACUUCUGAAGAAUGUAUGGGAUCUUGUUCAAUAGUAAGAGAUGCAUUAUCCGGAAUUAAUCCUGCACCUUCAACAUCAAGUUCCACCUCCCAAACUAGAUUUAGAACAGCACCAAACCUUUUACAAUCUAGUGUAGAUUCCUAUGGAGAACCAGUCGAUUGUAUGAUAACUCCGUGGAGCUCAUGGAGCUCGUGUAGUGUUACUUGUGGAGCAGGAUUAGAAGAAAGGUUCAGAAUGAUUAAGAGACCUGCUCAAAAUGGCGGAAAACCUUGCCCGACCAAUUUGAAAAAGAAAAGAAGAUGUUAUGCGCCAAUUCCCUGCUAUUAAAAAUAAUACAAAACGUACAUUUUGAAAUAUGUGUAUUUUAAAUGUAGGAAACAUUUUUUUUCUGUAAGUGUAUUAAUAACAAUUAAAAAAAAUAUUUUAUUAAAAAUAAUAAGCUAUAAAAUAAACCUCCUCGUGUAAAGUAAUUUAACAAUAAAUACGUUAGA